UUAAGAAGGAGCGCGCGGGCGGCGCCCCGCUCAUUUCCUCGCGGCUGCGGGCGGGGGCGGCUCUUGCUGCCGCUCCGUCUGUGCUCCGGCCUCAGGCCGCCUCUCCCCCGGAGCCCGGAGCCGCAGCCGCCCCUCGGGGGCUCUUGGGCGCCAUGAGCUACGGGCGGCCGCCCCCGGACGUGGAGGGCAUGACGUCCCUCAAGGUGGACAACCUGACGUACCGCACCUCGCCGGACACGCUGCGCCGCGUCUUCGAGAAGUACGGCCGCGUGGGCGACGUCUACAUCCCGCGCGACCGCUACACCAAGGAGAGCCGCGGCUUCGCCUUCGUGCGCUUCCACGACAAGCGCGACGCCGAGGACGCCAUGGACGCCAUGGACGGCGCCGUGCUGGACGGGCGCGAGCUGCGCGUGCAGAUGGCCCGUUACGGCCGGCCCCCCGACUCGCACCACAGCCGCCGCGGGCCGCCCCCCCGCCGCUACAGCAGCAGCGGCUACGGCCGCCGCAGCCGCAGCCCCAGAAGACGCCGUCGCAGCCGAUCUAGAAGCAGGAGUCGCUCUAGAUCCCGCAGUCGGUCCCGCUACAGUCGGUCCAAGUCCCGAUCUCGCACACGCUCUCGGUCCCGUUCCACCUCAAAGUCCAGAUCUGCCCGGAGAUCCAAGUCAAAGUCCUCGUCUGUCUCCAGAUCACGGUCYAGGUCGAGAUCUCGGUCCAGAUCCAGAAGCCCUCCACCUGCCUCAAAGAGGGAAUCUAACUCCAGAUCCAGGUCAAAGAGCCCUCCUAAGUCUCCAGAGGAAGAAGGAGCUGUAUCCUCUUAGGAAAAUGGUAAUGUACCUUAGGAACAGCAAACUUUGCAUGUUACCUUAUUGUAGCACUUAAGUGGGGUGUUGGGUAGAGUAUUAAUAGCCCGAACCAAGUGAAUCCUUAUGGGGCACAUUAUUAGCUAUUCUUUUCUUUUUUCUUUCUUUUUGUCUUUUUUUUUUCUUUUUUUUUUUUUCUUUGAACAGUGUUGUUUGGUUAUUGAUUAGGGAAAUUAAUACCAAAGGGCUUUCUACAGAGGACAUUUUCUUGUUUUGUUGAGAUUAAUGGCUUGGUUUUAAUGAAAUAAUGUAUGAGACGCAACCUAUUAUGAAAAUGACUAUUUCUUACUGUAUUUAUCCAACAUCUGCAUUUUCCCCUUUAAAGCUGCGGUCUCCUGUUUGCUAAAAGAAUAUUGGCCAGUAUUGCAGAUUUUAACUGAUUUGGCUGAUCCUCCAGGGACCAGUUUCUGUGGGCGUGUGUUGGAGCAGGUUUGUCUUUAAAUGUUAAAGAUGCACUAUCCUUUUAUAAUGGAACAUCGGUUCAGUGACCAUUAUACUGACUGGAGGUAACUGUUGUAGAAAAGUGGCAAAUUCACUGUGACACGAAAACGAUGGAAACUAGUUUUUCCUCAAGUCAAGAUCUUGAAGAGGCUUCUGAGGAUAACACUGGGUGGGGAAAGGAUAGUGUGUCUUUAACCCUUCAAACUGUUUGGUCCUAWUUUUAAAAGGAAAGGGCCUAAGUUAGCUCUGGAGUUAGAUAAUUGUAGCAAAACUCGUGACACUUUGUUUUUAAGAGUUAAUUAAAGUUUAGUUAAGUUUUUGAUUGGGAAGAACUAGUUUUACAUAACUUUAAUAUAACAUUUAUAGUUCAUUAACAAGCAGGCUGAAUUCAAGUUAAUAGUGGUUUGAGCUACAGCCUGAUGUUUAUUCUUCCUUGUAACUAAAUGCUCUUGCAGAAUCUCACAUUUGGCCUCAUAAUUAAAGCAACAUKUCGGGGGGGGAGGUGGAGCACACUGUAAAUCCUAAAGCCCAACAAUAUUAGGGCAAAGCCAGUUGAAACACACCUAGAAAAAUACCUGAAGUCACCCACAGAGCAACAGAGACAUGGUAGAAACUUUGCUGAACUUUUCUUUCUUCAAACCUAGAUGCAACAGAUAGAGAAUCCACAUAAAGGAAGCCUUUGGGGGGAAAAGAUCGCUUGAGUCUUCAGUCCAUUGGAGAGACCCCUGGCACAAGCAACCAGCUGAUGAAAAGGUUAUUUUGUAACAUUUUGUCUAACUUUUUACUUGUUUAAGUUGCGCCUCAAGUGGCAGAUUUUACACUUUAUGUGCCAUUUUGUUGCUGUUAUUCAAAUUUCUUGUAAUUUAGUGAAGUGAACGACUACCGAUUUCAUUAUUGGCUUGGAUAUUUGAGGUAAAACUUCGUUUUUGUUUAUAUAGUGCUGACUUAUUUGAAAUUAAACUGAUGGUAACUUGCUGCCUCAAGUUUCAUACUGAGGAGACAUGCAGCCAUUAUAUGCUGAGUAGCUAACUGUCAAAAAGUAUUCUCAAUUUUGUCUUCAUUCCUUGAAUAAAAUUCUGCAAGACUUCAAUUUGAAAUUUACUGUAAAUGCUUUUUUUUAACUUAGAAUUCAAAUAAUAUCUUAAAUUGGUAGAAAUCUUUUCAGAUGACAGUUGAUUGUUAUUUUUUUUGAAAGGAUUGUUUUAUCAAACUCAAUUCUAAUCUCUUUUCUUAUGUAUUUUUGUGCACUAGGCGCAGUUGUGUAGCAGUUGAGUAAUGCUGGUUAGCUGUUAAGGUGGCGUGUUGCAGUGCAGAGUGCUUGGCUGUUUCCUGUUUUCUCCUGAUUGCUCCAGUGUAACGAUGCCUUGUCGUGCAGAAACAAAUGGCUGUCCAGUUAAUUAAAAUGCCUGACAACUGCACUUCCAGUCACCCGGGCCUUGCAUAAAAAUAAUGGAGCAUACAGUGAGCACAUCUAGCCGAUGAUAUACACACCCUAUUUUUUCCAGAAUGGUAAAUCUCACCAACAUGCAUAUACGAACUUACRUAUGAGAAAUGUAAUGUUAACAAAGAAAUGGUUCAUUCCUUUGUAAGUACUGAUUGGUGUAUCUUUUGCUUAAGACAUUCUGUACUAUACCCACUGUCUCUGUAGUUUAAUAUUAAACAUUUUUCUGUGUUAACUUUUCUCAACUUAAUGUCUUGAGUCAGCUUAUUUUUAGCUUGAAAAGAUUUCUGCAAUUAUACUGUCAAUGUUUAACUUCUAUAGAGUAACUGAAUGCAUACUGCUGCUUCUAAAUAUUAUCCACUGGGGUUGCUUUGAAAUUACUAAGGCAGAACUUACUAGUAUUGUGACUAACCAAAACACUGUAAGAUGAGUAUUGCACAGCAGAUUAAAAAAUGGGGCAGAUCUGCUAGGUGUUGUUAUGGAAGAUGCACACUGAGCAGUACUAAUUGCAUUUGCUGUGCGCUUGCCCUGCCUCAACAGGCUGCUGCUUGAUGGUAGCUAAUCUUCUAGUGAUGAGGCUUUUUAAGUUGGGUACUAAAUGAAUUG